GCGAAGGAGGGGCCGGUAGAGGAGGUGUCGAGGUCUUGGUCUGGACGAGCGAAGGCGCCGUUGCUUGUCGCGAGGUGCGGCUCUGUGGCCCCGUCUCAGCAACUCCUUACGCCAUGGCGGUUCCGGAGACGCGUCCCAACCACACCAUUUACAUCAACAACCUCAAUGAGAAGAUCAAGAAGGAUGAGCUCAAGAAAUCCCUGUACGCCAUCUUCUCCCAAUUUGGACAGAUCCUGGAUAUCCUGGUGUCCCGGAGCCUCAAGAUGAGGGGCCAGGCCUUUGUCAUCUUCAAGGAGGUCAGCAGCGCCACCAACGCCCUGCGAUCCAUGCAGGGCUUUCCCUUCUACGACAAGCCUAUGCGCAUCCAGUACGCCAAGACUGACUCUGACAUCAUUGCGAAAAUGAAGGGCACCUUCGUGGAGCGCGACCGCAAGCGGGAAAAGAGAAAGCCCAAGAGCCAGGAGACCCCCGCCGCCAAGAAGGCUGUGCAGGGGGGCGCCGCUGCCCCUGUGGUAGGCGCCGUCCAGGGCCCUGUUCCGGGCAUGCCGCCCAUGACUCAGGCGCCACGCAUCAUGCAUCACAUGCCCGGCCAGCCUCCUUACAUGCCGCCCCCUGGCAUGAUCCCACCACCAGGCCUUGCUCCGGGCCAGAUUCCCCCAGGGGCCAUGCCCCCACAGCAACUCCUGCCCGGACAGAUGCCACCUGCCCAGCCCCUCUCCGAGAACCCGCCCAACCACAUCCUGUUCCUCACCAACCUGCCCGAGGAGACCAACGAGCUCAUGCUCUCCAUGCUCUUCAACCAGUUCCCUGGCUUCAAGGAGGUCCGUCUGGUCCCUGGGCGGCAUGACAUUGCAUUUGUGGAGUUCGACAACGAGGUGCAGGCCGGAGCGGCUCGUGACGCCCUGCAGGGCUUCAAGAUCACCCAGAACAACGCUAUGAAGAUCUCCUUUGCCAAGAAGUAGCACCUCUCCCCCACCCCGGAGUACCCCAAGCCCCGCUCUGCUGGGGCUGUCCCUUCCCCCCGGCUCAGUCCCUGAAGGUAAGUCCCCCUUGGGGGCCUUCUCAGAGCCGAAUGUAAGUGCGUGAUCGUCACACAGCAUUGUACCCAGAGUCUGUCCCCAGACAUUGCACCUGGUGCUGUUAGGUUGAAAUUAAAGUGUUUUUUUAAGGUUUGGUUUUUCA